GUGCCCCUCAAAAUUCUAGUUUCCAUUCACGCGAUACAGCAGUCUGCAAGCAAGGCAACAUCAGUCUUCAGGUACUUCACCUUCAAAAACCAAUAAGCGUUUUCAAACAGCAAAAGUACCACCCGUCUGCGGUCCCUCGCCACUCGAUGCUUCAGCCACCGACCCCCACCGGCCACCGUCAACCGGCCACCUUCAUAGUUUAGGGUUUGAACUUUGAAGGAAAUUCCUAGAGAGAUACAAUUCCGUCUGCCAUAUUCAUUGGAGAUUGAGGUAAACUAUAACGCUUGAGAGGAAGUGAGGGUUGCUCUAUUCACUAUAUUUGAUUUUGCAAUGAGCUCAAGAUCCAAAAACUUUCGUCGUCGAGCCGGUGAUGAGGAGACUGAUGAUAGUGAUGAAAAUCGUGGUAGUGGAUUUCCAUCAGUCUCUACAAAGUCAGGGACAAAGUCAUCUGUCAAGAAACAUCCCAUAUCUGACAAACCAAAGAAAAGCCACCACAAGCUUUUAAGUUUUGCUGAAGAUGAAGAAAGUGAGACCCCAUUUUCUCAUCCACGAAAAUCAUCCUCAUCCCGUUUGUCCAAGUCCAUUUCUUCUCAUAAAAUUACCACGGUCAAGGAUCGCCCUGUAUCGUCAACUACUUCAGUUUUCUCCAAUAACCAACCUUCAGCUGGUACUUAUACAAAAGAAGUCCUGCUUGAGCUCCAAAAAAACACAAAAACCCUUGCUAGCUCUAAGUCAAGAUUGUCAAUCUCUGACACAAAACCUAGUUCGAGCUCAGAGCCCGUGAUUAUUAUGAAAGGUCUUCUCAAACCCGUUCUUGAGACCGGAAACGAUGGUGAUGAGUUGACUAAAGAUAAACCGUCAAGGAAUGAAGCGAGUUCUUUGAAGAGGGAGAAAGAUGAUGCUGAGAUUAGAUUUGGUUUAAUGGGUAUUGGAAAGGAAGAAGCUUCCGAAGCUUAUGUGAUGAACCAAGAACAAAUUAAUGCUAUUCGAGCAAAGAGAGAGAAGCUACGACAAUCAAGGCCUGCUGCACCGGAUUAUAUAUCUUUGGAUGCAGGAAGCAAUCACGGAGCAGCAGAAGGGUUAAGUGAUGAGGAGCCAGAGUUUCAGACACGAAUUGCUAUGCUCGGAGAGAAGAUAGACGGUCCUAGAAUUGGUGUAUUUGAGGAUGUGGAUGAAAGGCCUGUGCGUGCUGGGCAUUCAAACAUGGAUGAUGAUGAAGAUGAGGAAGAAAGGAUAUGGGAAGAGGAGCAAUUCAGGAAAGGUCUUGGCAAGAGAAUGGAUGAAGGAUCUACUGCAGUCAGCAGAAAUGCAUCAGCAGUUCAACCUCAAAGUUAUGUGUACACAGGACCUGUUUCUUAUUCAUCUAUUCCACAUGUUCCUGCUGGGCCACCUAGCAUUGGAGGUGCAAUUAGUGGUGUACAGGCUGUUGGAACUUUGUCCAUAUCUCAGCAGGCCACAAUUGCUAAACAAGCUUUCCAAGAUAACUUGAAGAGACUUAAGGAAACUCGUGGAAAAACCAUGACCUCAUUGGUGGGCGUUGAUGAAAAUUUAGCUGCAUCAUUACUAAAUAUCAGUGUGCUUGAGAAGUCUUCAUCUGAUACCGGAGAGAAGUACAUAUUCAUGCAGAGGCUUCGUAACUUUGUAAAAAAUAUAUGUGACUUUUUGCAGGAUAAAGCUCCUUACAUAGAAGAACUUGAAGAACAAAUGCAACAACUCCACAAAAAACAUGCUUUGGCUGUCUUUGAAAGACGAGCUGCUGACAAUGAUGAUGAAAUGAGUGAAGUACAAGCAGCUGUAGAUGCUGCUGUAUCAGUUUUAGGAAAAGGAAGUACCAAUGCUGCUAAUGUUGCUGGUGCGGCCCAGGCUGCAGCUGCUGCCUUCAAGCAACAAAGAAGCUUUCCAGUGAAACUCGAUGAAUAUGGUAGAGAUUCAAAUCUCCAAAAACGUAUGGAUAUGGCUCGGAGGUUUGAUGCUCGACAACGUAGGAGAUCUCGUUUUGAUAGUAAGAGAAUGAUGUGUAGUGUAAAUGGCGAUUCGUAUGCGAGAAUGGAAGGUGAAUCUAGCACUGAUGAAAGUGACAAUGAGAACGAAGCUUAUAAGUCAAAUCGUGAUUUGUUGCUUCAGACAGCGGCUGAUGUCUUUAGUGAUGCAACUGAGGAAUAUUCUCAACUGUCUUCAGUAAAGGAGAUAUUCGAAAGGUGGAAGAAGUUGUACUUGGUUAGUUAUCGUGAUGCUUAUAUGUCAUUGAGCAUACCUUCUAUAUUCUCCCCAUACGUGAGAGUAGAGCUUUUAAAGUGGGAUCCUCUGCAUGAAGAUGUUGACUUUAAUGACAUGAGAUGGCAUUCAUUGCUCUUUAAUUAUGGUGUUCCCGAAGAUGGAAGUGACUUUAAUCCUGAUGAUGCAGAUGCUGAUCUUGUUCCUGGAUUAGUGGAAAAGGUUGCUCUUCCCUUGUUGCACCAUGAAAUUGCUCAUUGCUGGGAUAUACUUAGUAGCAGGGAGUCGAAGAAUGCUGUUUCUGCAACAACCGUAAUCAUCAAUUAUGUUUCUGCCUCAAGUGAGGCCCUCAAGGAACUGAUAGCUGCUAUUCGUACACGGCUAGCUGAUGCAGUUGCCAAUCUUGUGGUUCCUUCAUGGAGUAUAGCUGUGAUGAAGGCUGUGCCAAAUGCUGCAAGAGUUGCAGCAUAUAGAUUUGGUGUGGCAGUUCGGCUUAUCAGGAACAUCUGCAUGUGGAAAGAUAUACUUGCGUUGCCAGUGUUGGAGAAGCUUGUUCUUGACGAACUUUUAGGUGGGAAAAUUCUUCCUCAUGUUCGAAACCUUAUUCCUGAUAUUCAUGAUGCAAUAACCAGAACUGAGAGAAUCAUUGCUUCAAUAACUGGGGUCUGGACUGGUGCAAGUGUCACAGCUGCGCAUAGUCGCAAGUUGCAGCCACUGAUCGAUUAUGUGCUGAUGCUUGGGAAGACAUUGGAGAAGAAGUACGCAUCAGGACAGCCUGAAACUAGUGACCUUGCCCGUCGUUUGAAGAAGAUGCUAGUUGACCUGAACGAGUACGAUGAAGCCAGAGCAAUCUUAAGAACUUUUAAUCUCCGUGAAGCCCUAUAAUCUGUCUUUUUGAUACGCGAAUUUUCCCCAGCUCCUUCAAAAUAUAGUGAGUUUCUCCUAGAUCUGAUACAGGGGUUUCCGGUUUCACAAUUUAAUGUUACUACAAUUCAUUUUCUUGAUAGACAUCUGUAAAAGUAGUGCAACCGGUUGGCUAGUUUGUAGAUGAUGUAGAAACUAGAAACGGAUGGUUGUUUUCUUAAGAUUAUUGCCAGUUCUUAAGAUUUGAAUAAGCUGUUGUUAAAGAUUUAAUCAAAAAAAUCUAGUAAAAGAAAGGAAAUUCUAGAGAUAUAGAUGAAAAGUAUAUAAACACUAAGUAGAAAAUUUUUAGAUUGGUAGACACCCAAGUCACCUAAGGCUAUAAAUAGAUAGCCAAUUAAAGAGAAGGGGUGGUGAGAAAAAAUCAAAAUCAAUUAGGCAUAUUUCACAAAACAAAAAAAUAAGAAUAUGCUCGCAAAAAGUGAGGAUGUGAGUGUACACCAAAAUAUGAGAGAUCGGUGAGACAUGAGGUCAUAUAUAAAUAUCAGUAAAGAGUUUAUAGGUGCGGAACAAGUGAUCCAUUAAAAAUAUUUUUGUACAAUUUAUGAUAAUAUUUGUAUUCAGUAAAUGUAAUGCAAUAUUUAUUUGGAUUUAAUUAUAAUUUUGCGUGCGCUCAAAACUUCUAUCAGCUGUCCUUUAGUACCACUGUUAUACGUGAAUGACUCAAAAUGAUGUUAGAAAGUUGCACGUCUUAUCUUCAAUUUUAGGUAUAUUAGUAGUUUUCCACCGA